UGAGGACAAAAUGGCGGCUGCUGUCGAAGUCCGAUGGCCUAACGAGAAGGAUCAGUACGAACUACAAGAGGUGAUAGGUAAGAUAAUUAUGGUAAUUUUUCAAAUUAAAUUACACAGCUUUCUCCAGAUAUAAAUUUUCUGUUCAGGGUAUGGUGCGACAGCUGUUGUUCAAGCUGCAAAGUGCAUCCCUCGCAAUGAGCGUGUUGCUGUGAAGAGGAUUGAUUUGGAAAAGUGCGGCGCAAGUAUUGACGAAAUGAUGGUAAGUUAGCUGCUGUGAAUUAUAGAAUUCGUUUAUUUCAAUUGUAAACUAAUUAUUCCUAAUUUAUAUCUAUGAUGAUCAUGUAGUGAGAUUUCUUGCUGCGGUAUUUUUCCCGGACCAACAACAAGCCGAUCAUAUGCUAUCAAGAAAAUCUACUGACAGAUCGAGGCCGUUACUAACCAAUCGACAUCUGCUGGUUUCCUAUGGACCAAUGAUUGUAUAAAUAGCCUGGUUUGAACUAAUAUUUUACAGCCAUUUACGUCGAGAAGAAUUGUGGAAAACAUUGUCUAUUCCUCAAAAACCGCUCGCAAGUUGAAUUUCAGCUCACGUCUCCCCCCAAAAAAUAGAAUUAAAUGUUUGCUUAAUUAAUUUAUCGCCUUUUCCACGAUGACAGCUUACACUCGAAUGAUUUCAAGACUGUGUCUGUUUUCAUUCUCAAGUGAUCUGUGGACAAUUUUUCAAGUUUUUGUAGGUUUCGAACCGUCUUUGCUGUUUUUAUCUCAUUGGUCUUCAUUAACCUUUGUUUUUGUGCAAAAAUGUUCACUUUCGUUUGAUUACGGAAUCUGUCGACAUUUGCAUAUACAGUUAAUGUUCUGCUUGUGCACUUUGUGGCUUGCUGCUGGAAAAGUAUGAUGUAAUGAACAGAAAAAAGGUAGUUAAAAGGUGGAACACAGCUCAAGAAAACUGAGGGCCAGUCAAGGCUUUAUUAGAGAUGAAUUUACAAGAAUCUUUAAGUAGAGCAAUCAUUCCAGUUGUUUGAGUUGCCACUGUAAACUUCAUGUGGGUAGAAUCUUCCGCUUUGUUAAAAUCUGUGGGGAAAAAAAUAUGUUCCUGAUAAGGGAAUCAGUUUUGUAUUUUAUUGCAGUACAAGUUCUACAUAAAUGUUAUUUGAAGGAAGUUUUGAGGAAUGCUUCUAGGAGUAGUGCUCUGACUGUGUUAUACUCUCUCAUGCAGAAAGAAAUUCGCACUAUGAGCCAGUGCAAUCAUGAGAAUGUUGUGAAUUACUACACAUCAUUUGUGGUGAAGCAAGAACUGUGGAUAGUCAUGAGGUUGUUAAAUGGAGGUAGGAAACUAGUUAGGAAUUUUCAAAGUGUUGGAACAAUUCUUAAUUAAAAGAUGCCACAAUUGAGAUUUUCAAGGUGUUCUGUUAGAAUAUUUUCAAGGUGUUCUGUUAGAAUAUUUUCAACCUGGUCUGCAAGAGACAUGUAGGAAAAUUUCUCUCAAACACGAGGCAAAUUUAAACCAACAAACUCUGAAGAAACAUCAUGAGUAAUCUGUAAAGGAGAAAGAUGGCUUCAGAUUCUACUGAUUCUGAAUGACUGCACUAAACAAAGUUGGGCUAAAUUUGUGUUGAAAGAAUAGUUGAAAUGAUACAACAUACAUGUAGACAUUAGUAGGCAUAUAACAUCAAUAAUGCCACUUUUCAGUAAGUGUCAAGAAAUUAAAUUUGAUUUGAAGUGCAGAGUGUUACAAUUUCCCCUUUGUCCCACUCAUUGUUGUACAAACACAGACAACAAUUUGUAACAUUGUUCAGAUGGAGAGGGGUUGUAAAUAAGGGUACUGGAGAUGAAAUUGGUGUGCUGGUCUAAAAUAUUUCAUUUUCAUUGUCAGUGCUACAAAUUCAAUGCUGAUUAGAGUGUCAGAUCUGGUUUGGAUUGUGGUAUUGAAGUUAAAUUUACAUCAAGGUUAUACUAAAAUAUCAUAUUAUUUAAUAUAUAAAUGCAUGUGAGGUAUUCUACCAAUGAGAUAGAAAAAGUAAAGAAGUAAAGCCUUUAUACAGGCCCAAAUGGCCCAUGGGGCCGGCACUUAACUCCAGUUUCCUUAGCAUGAAGUGGCUAGGAGAAUUGCUACUCCCCCCUGGAUGGGAUGGUAGUCCAUCGCAGGGUUACCCCCAGCAUAUUUUCUGUUACCCAUUUGAACACCUGGGUGAAGAAAAGCACUGUGAGAGUAAAGUGUCUCGCCUAAGAACCCGGACCACUUGAUCCGGAGUCGAGCGCACUAACCAUGAGGCCACCACACCUCCACUAAUGAAAUAGAGAAAGAAGUUAAUUUUGAUUUUAUCAACUGAGUUGAUAAUGGAAACUGGCUGUUAAGAGUUUCAAAGCUGACAUUUUGAGCAUUAGCCCUUCUUUAGAGCAAAAGAGAAGUUGUUUGGCUCAUUCUCAUAUAUAGACUGUGUACUCUGUUAAAAAGUUUUGAAUAAACCACAGACUGAAGAAAACUAUUGGAUCACUCUUUUUGCUUAUUUUAAAACAAUUUUGGCUUGAAACUUUCUGAAAGAUGUUUUCCCAUGUGUUUAUAUUGUUGAUCUUCUUGUAUGUGUAUCUUAGGUUCAAUGCUUGAUGUCAUCAAACACCAGAAGAAACAGGGUCACCUUGUCGAUGGUGUACUUGAUGAGGCUGUCAUAGCAUCUGUUUUGAGAGAAGUUCUAAAGGGUCUGGACUAUUUUCAUAGCCAGGGGCUAAUACACAGGUAAAUUGUUCUGCAUGAUCAGUGUAUAAUUGAAUACUGUGUAAAUGUCAAGCUGGCUUUCAUUGAUCAACAAAUAAUUUCAAUGGAAUGUUGGAAGUAGUUAGGGUCUUUUAGGUUUCAGUUCAACAUACUGUAAUCUUUUUUUAUUGCUAAAAGGUCUUGCUGCUCUGUUGACUAAUUAGACCCAAAUAUAAAAUCAUUUUGACAUGGUCUCACAUUUUCCAUUGCAUUAGAUUCUUGGAUUGUCGUUUUAGGUUUUCCUUGACACCUGUAUCAGCCAAAUUAAAUUAGAUUGAGUAAUUUUAAGUUAACCCUUUACACCCUAACAUCAGUAUGCAGAUUCUCCAUACUGUUCUCCAUACAUUUCUGAAGAGGCUGACAAGGAGAAUCUGUUUAACAAUCAAGAACUGCUUUAGUUGGUGAUCAUCUCCUCCAUUCUCAUGACUUUCAUGUUUGAUUCAGGGGUCAUAUAGAAAGGAGAAAUUAGAUGCUAGUCACUCAUUGGGUUUAAAGGGUUAAAUCAUCGCCUACCCAUUACAAACAUCCAUAAGAGGGUAUCACAUAAGAUUCUAUUGAUUACCUUAAUCUUCCUUAUCCAUCAAUUGCAGGGAUGUAAAGGCUGGUAACAUUUUGCUGGCUACUGAUGGCACAGUUCAACUGGCUGGUAAAUAAAUUGAGAGACUAUUUAUCUGUUCCUGUGUAGAGUUAUAUUUCUCAUUAAGAAAAGCCUGUUAUCCUCAUCUUUUGUAUUUUUUGUGGCCUUCCUUGUAAGUGCUUCUAUGAACAGAAGUCAUGUAUUUAACAUGGCAAGCAGUAUGUGGUGUUCAUCUCCAAAUAGUCUUCUCCAUCAGUGUUUUAUUGUCUUAAAUAUACUGCUCAGUGUCUAAAGGUCCCUCCUUACAAGGGUUUCCUGCCAUCCUGGCCCCAUUCACAUAACAUGAGGGGUUUCCUGCCAUCCUGGCCCCAUUCACAUAACAUGAGGGUCUAUAGUAUCACACAAACAAAUGUGAUUUUGUUUUGUAGACUUUGGUGUCAGUUCAGUUAUAAGUGAUUAUGGGGAUAGGUCAAGACCCAAGGUCAGGAAGACGUUUGUUGGCACACCAUGCUGGAUGGCGCCAGAAGUCAUGGAACAGGUAUGAUCAUGGUAGCUUUUUUUCUGGGAUACUUAUUAAUACUAUGAAGAGGAGUCUAAGGCUCCUUGAAGUUCAUGUUUUGCAGUUUGUAUGUUGAUGUAUUUAUUCAAUUCAGUGCCAUGGGCCCAUAUUAAAUUUAUGGAUGCUUAUUUAAGGUGAAUGUUUAAUAAAUUUUCCUACCUUCAAGGUAGACACUUAUUUAAAGUUGAGAAUUUAAUCAAAUAAAUACAGCAUGCAAACUGUAUUUAGUUUGUUAAGUGUGGGGUGAGUGUACAUUUUGUUUGGCCCACUUUAAAACCGUACCUUGAAAUAUGAGGAUAGUUGGUUACAUGCCUAUGUUACCUGCACCUAGUAGGCAAAUAAAAGAAUUCCUGUGGAGCUGUUUCCCUAUUGUCAGCCAAUUUCAUGCUCAUCCUCCUGUUUGCUCAUCUUUGCUUUUAACCCUUUAACUCCCAUGAGUGACCAAGGCAGAAUUUCUCCUUACAAUAUCAAUACAAUAUCAACCAGAUAAGUGAUGAGAUUAAAGGAAAAUAUCAAGUUGGGGAUAAUUAGUGGAUCCAAAACUAAAUUCUCUGAACUAACAUCAUGAUAAUUGUAUGGUUGACAAUAAGGGGAAUUACAAAUUUGAUCUGGGGAUUAAAGGAUUGAGAGCCUUCUCAUGAUCUGAAAGAAAGGAAAAUGUUAUCUGUUCUACACCAGUUCGAAAGUUUAAAAGAGAGGGAAAUUUGAGCCACAAAGCUUGUCUGAAUGUUACAUGUAAAACACUGUAUGCUGUUUCAAAAACUGAGCAGAAUUAGUUACAGUAUAUUGUUCCAACUAACUUGUAAAUUGAUCUGUGUGGAAAGUGCUAGAGUACAGGGAUGUAUGUUGUCAGCUUUCUGUUCCACUAACAUUUAAGAACACUAAGGUGAGGGACCAUGUUAACUGUGAAAUGAUAAUAAUGCAGUUUGUGCAUACACCAUAUAUUUACAUCAUCAGGUUCAUGGUUAUAACCACAAAGCCGAUAUCUGGAGUUUUGGUAUUACAGCCAUUGAGUUGGCCACUGGAAUUGCUCCAUAUGCAAAGUUUCCAGCCAUGAAGGUAGGAUUGUGAGAACAUGUCGAAAAAUUGUAGCAAAAAUGUGCCUUCACUUGAACAUCUACACGUACAUACAUUGAUCAGUGGAUUAUUACUUCUGUUUGGAUUCAAACAAACUUCCCCAAAAUUAGGGAGUCAAAGAACUCUAUUGAUAAGUUGUAUGUCAAAAAGUAAAAGCAGUGAAAAAAAAAGUAAAAGCAGGCAAAGAAAACAGUGCCACGUUGCGAUAUUUUCUGUCAUCAUAAUUAUGUAUUGGACAGGAUUUCUGUUUUACAAGAUAAAACAUUGCAGCAAUCUACAGCUUGUCACUGUAGUCCAGCAAACUCCAGAGGUGUAGGCUAGACCUGAAAACACAAAACAAAACAAAACAAUAAGGGGGAUGAUUCAGGAUGAAGGACUUUAAUACAGACUCUACAUGUAAAUAAUGAGCAGGGAAAAUUUGGGUACAAAUUGUGAUGCACUGCUUCACUUGAUAUUCUGUUGUCUGGCACUAUUGACAAUGUACAAGGCUGCUGAGCAGCAAACCACUUUACUUUACAUAAGCUGCUCCCUUUGAUUAGACGGUCAAGAUGCAGUUUGUACCCACAUAUGUGUACUUUGUAUGUGAGAGUGUUGCAGUGCAUUAUGCAUUUAUUCCAAUCCAUGUGAAACCCUUCACAUGUACUGCUCUCUGUACAUUUUCCAUAGAACUUAUUGGCAGAAUUUGCUUAAUGAUCAAGAGCUUGACCUUGAAAUAAUUUCUCUUAUUCUCAUGACCCUAAUAUUUGAUUCAUGGUUGAUAUUGUAAAGAUAAAUUUGAUAGUGGUUACUCCAAGGGGUUAAAAGGUUAACAUGUUGAUUUUAGUUGCUUAAAUUAUAAAAAAUCUGUGAGGUUAUUUGGAAAGCUCAGUCUCGUGGUCCUGUGAGCAAGCCAUGUUUCAAAUUUUCAGCCACAUUUCAGGAAAUAUAUAUAGCCGGUAAGUGCGUAAGAAAUUAUUCCAUGUCUGAGUACCACAUUUCAAUCCUCGUUAGGUCCUGAUGUUGACGUUACAAAAUGACCCACCCUCUAUUGACACUGUGGCACAGAAUGAGGGCAGCAAAGACAACUACAAAAAGUAUACCAAAAUUUUUAGAAAAAUGAUAAGCAGCUGUUUGGUAAAGGAUCCCGCUCAAAGGUGAGGUAUCAUUAUGCAUGGGUAACGUGUGUGGUAUAGAAAUUUAUGUAUCAUCUCUGUCACUUUCGCUAAAGCUUAAAAAGAUCACUAUCUUCAUUUCUUCAGCAAAAUAUGUGUCUGCCACCGUAGUGUACCCCUGGCCAUUUCAAAUUUUGUCCCCCUCCCCCUCCCCCUCCCUCCUUCCACUCAAAAUGAUAAUGCGCUGACAUUUAUUGUGUGUUUUAUUUUCUUAAGACCAGACGCUUCUGAACUUCUAAAACAUCAUUUUUUCAAGAAAGCCCGGGUACGUGUGUGAAUUACAUUAUGGGUCAACCGAUUGUCUUCCUGAGCUUAAGAGUACAGGCAUGCAAAAUUCUCGUUAGCUAUUGGAAAUGGUGGUCUACCGUUCUCAGACCUUAAAUCUAGAUCUCUCUUUGGUUUAAAUUUUUAACGCAAUAGAGAGCUGCAUAGCUUAAAAUACCUCAUCCCCUGAUGAGUUCUUGCCUACAGUUUAAUGGAAGACAGACGUUUAAGUGACGUCGCCAGUAGUAAUUUUUCUCCUUUAUCAUGUAAAACAAAUAGAUUCCAUGUUGUCGUGGGUUUGUUCAACAAUAAGAGUUUUAAUCCACGUUUGGUGUGCUCAUCGCUAACGUCAAACCGCGGUCAGCAGUUUGUGGUGAGAAGUUAGAAGUGUCGAGGCUUUCAGCUUUUUAGAUCGACGUCGGCUUUCACCUGAAAAAAAGUGAACACGUGCGCCGCCCUCUUGAAUUACACAAAAGACAGGGGUCCUUCAUUUCAAACACAAAACGUGGCUUAAAGAUUGGUUUCAAGACUUCACCUCACUUAUAUUUGUAGGACAUACGUGGGAACUUUCGAACAGGAAAAAAAAAAAGCGUGGAGGGGGUUAAAUUACCUGAAACUGCCUUGCCCGAAGUUCAAACGUGAACGGCAAUCAGCGCACGUGACCACUGGAAUCUGGACACGUGACUCAGAAACAUAGAGGAUCGAAAACUGCCUAAUAAAUCACAGAAGACCUCAAAUUGCGUCUAAUAACAUCAGUUACACACUCGACUACCAUUUUUUUUGUUCUUACCACAUUUUGACGUUAUCUAAAAUCUAUUAUUCAACAGACUCGCAGUAGCAUGGAAUCUACUUGUUACAUUAUGGUACCCUACAUAGCUAGGGUUACCUUCACAGGUUGCCGUACAAAUAUUUUAGUGUCAGAUACAAGUUCAAUUCUAAGUAAGCAUUUACCAUGCUGUUCACUGUUAAUAAAAUUUACUUACAUCAGCGAGCUGGAAAACCUGAUGAAGUUUGUAUUCAGUGAAAAACAAUAUAUUUUGCUAAGGCUCUGCCAUUUUUAUUUCCUCUUUUUUUGUUUGAGUGGUGAGAAGAAGAUUUGAUUGUUUAAAUUGUCCUCAUCUUGUGUUCUUGCAGGAAAAGGAUUUUCUGGUGGAGACGUUGGUCCCGCUAAUGCCUUCUCUGGGUGAAAGAUCACAAAAGGUACUUAGGAUUAUUUAACCCCUAAAGUCCCAAGAUGCGAAUUGCAAUUCUCCCGUCAAGCUGUUAUCAUUUCUUUGUUAGAGAGCCAAGAGAAUUUGGUGUUUGAUCAAGAGAAGUACCCUCAACCGAUACGUUUGUGUAUCCUUAAUACAUUUGUGCCGGAUAAUAAGUUGAAAUUGAGGGGAGAAGUUACAUUUUUAUUCCUUUGGGGAGUUAAAGUGUCUAAUGGACUUGAUCCGUAAUGAUAUUGUGGUCGAAUGUUUUUUUUUCGUAUUCGAUUUCCCUGAUCAUUUCGUUGCUGUACAAUCGUUAUUUAGACUUAUCACAAAUGCAUUAUAUUGUGUUCGCUUAUCUUCGUUUUAAGGUUAAGCGAGUCCCAGGCUCCAGUGGACGACUUCACCGAGCUGCCGAUGGCAGCUGGGAGUGGUCUGAUGACGAGGCGAAAAACGACGGUGACAGCGACGGUGAGGGUGACGAUGAAAAAUCGGCAAAAGCAGAUAAUGUCAAGGUAAAAUAAUAAACGAUUGAUAGGUAAAAAAUUUGGUUCGGAAAUUGUACCGUAGUAGACUGUGAAUGAUAAAGAAGCCUUACUGUUGGCUUAGUGGACUCUGGAUCGGACGAUUCAGCUUAGAACCUUGGACGGGUUGUGUGUAUUAUUUUCUUAGGCAAGACACUAAUUUUGAAAGUGCUUUUCUCUACCCAGGUGUAUUAAUAGUUCGGAAAAAACUUGACAUAGAAGGUAGUCCUUCAACCCAAGGAGUAUUAUCUCAUAUUUUGAGAUUUUAGUCCUCGCAUCGCAGGAUACACCCCAUCUUUCCGCAAAGUUUCCCUCAAGAAAGUAGACUUUCGUUUCAACACAAUUGACUCAUAAUCUAGAAGUGUUAUAAAACCGCUGGUAAAGUGACGUGGUAACUUUAGCUUUUCAUCGUAGUGUACAAUUACAACAACAAGGACGGAAGUGUAAUUAUCUGUCUCACGUUGUAAUCACUACCAGCGACAUUAAGACUGCAGACUUCUCCAGGCGAUUAGAUCAACUGCCUAUGCAACACCUAAGCAAACUUUACGUUCUGCUGCCAUUUGUUUUUUGUUUCAAUAGCUUAGAGUGGCACGUUUCUUUCAUUUGUGCACUAAGGACACACGCCAAGGAAACAAAUCGAAAUGCGUCAAUCACAGCUGUUGAAAAUCAAUCAAUGACAGCGGCGCACAAUGUUUCAUAACUGUAAGCUUAAUUAGUCUCCUGAAGAGGACUGGCAAUAUGCAGACGAGACGUAGCAAUGAGAGACAAACGAUAUCACCCCAUUAUUCUUUAUUACCGUACCAUGAGAACAAUAAACUAGGACUACCUUAAAGACUAACAUCAGUAUACUUGGGUUACAUGUUUUCAAUGUUAAUUAACCAUUUACUCCCAAACAUCAGUAUGCAUAUUCUCCAUACUACUCCCUAGACAUUUCCUAGGGUUCUGACAAGGAGAAUUUUUCGACAAUCUUUGGUUUGUGAUCAUCUCCUCUAUUCUCACGACCUUAGUGUUUGAUUCAGGGAUGAUGUUGUAAGGAGAAAUGAGAUGUUGGUCGCUCUUGGGGGUUAAAGGGUUUAAAUAUGAAAAACUGUCUUUUUCUUCUUUCAGGAAAGUGCACCAAAAUCCGAAGGACCAAAAGUCAACAUUCAACCGUCCACACCGACAUCGCCUAAACCUCGUAAGUCAAAACGUUAUUUCUAAUCAGACGUCAGAUUUUUUUGUAUCGUAAACUCAUCUGCGUGCUAACCGUGCAAGUGGCGAAGGGAGCCAGUUAAAGUAUCCGAGAACAUUAACCACAAUUUUAGGUUACUCGAAUGACUUUACGCGUUUGAAGUGCAGAAGUCGUUUUCAAGCCGUUCAAGAUUUGAUCUGUACGGUGCACAAUAAAACAAGGAUCCUUUUGUUUUUAAGCGAAGAUUUUGCUUCAUGACUGUACCGAUCAUUUUGUGUCAGCACGGUUAUCGGGAUGGAUUUACCUUCUAUUUUUAUCUGCCUUCUCACCCUGCUUCAUCGCACCAAUUUUUUCAGCUCAUACUGUUAGGUAUGUUCUUGACAAACAAUGUCGCGAGAAUUCAGUUAACUCUUCGUCACACAAGAACACUUCGAGCCUUGGUUAAGAUACUUUACUUCAGGAAGCGCUGCGAAGAGAAAUUUUUAAACGAGAGUUGAACGUAAUCCGCGUCUUAGUGUGUUUUGUUUUGUUUUUCUUUUUUUUUCAGAUAAUAACCUCUGCUCUCAUUGACUGAAGUAGAAAACUCUUGCAAUCCUGUCAUCAGUUCGGAAGCCUACUUCGUUUUCCCGCGCUUGCAUCGGUUUUUCUCGUAAAUAAAUAUACCAUUUAAGUUCUCGUUGGCUGCUUUUAAUUUGGACUUUCUUUUUCAUGUUUGUUCUGAUCAGCUUCGGCGAGUACUUUGACACUAUUUUAAGACAAUCAUUCGAAAGGCGCUCCUCUCCUUAGGUUCCUUCCUAACGGUGCAGAAAACUUGCGAAACAGUACUCUUGAUCCCGCAGGUAACAAUGUUUUGGUGUUCACCCUGAUGUUCAUUAAUAUUUUCACUUUUCAGCGGCACAAAUCAACUUGGAUCUUACUCUCAGACUAAGGUGAGUUGUUAAUGUUUCUCGUCCGUAAAAUGUCUAGUGAUAGGAGCGCGAACCUUGCGUUUGUGAAAUGAUUAUCAUGAAAACUGUGCCGUUAUGUCAGCAGUGAGCGAAUGCGCUGGACUCCUGAUCGGGAGGUCUGGGCCCAAGCCCUGGCCGUCUCAUGGUGUUCUGUUGUGGGGUAAGACACUCUUCUAACGCAUUGCCUCUUAAAAGGGGGUAGCUAUCAAGGAGAACCUGACGUAAUAAUGGGGUCGACCUUGUGGUGGACUGAUAUUACUACACGUGACUGUAUUUAAAUUUUUUUUCUUUCAUGCGCAUAACUGGUAAUAGUUUCCUUCCUCCGUCAAUCUUUUCAGGAUAAAGGUAUUCAUAAUUAGCGCGCCUACGUUGACUGUAUUUCAGUUACAGCGUGGAUAUAAGUGGAUAUAUAUCGAAUUCAUAGCUUUCCCCUCAAACUCCUUUUUUUUCCCUCAACAGAAAUGCAAAGAAAGAACUGAAUGAUAUCAGAUUCGACUUUACUCCUGGUAAAGGUUAGUGAGAUAUUUUGCCUCGUUUCCAAAAUUUCUUGAUUUCCAGUUCUUCUUAUGGACAAUAAUUCAUUUUAACCUGUUGUUUUUUCCCCUGGGUUGUUUACCUCGUACAGCUUUUUGUUUCUGUUUCGUUUAAUUGACCUUCUGAGUUGCAGAAAACGUCUCCAGCUAAGGACUGUUACACUUCAUUAUCUUUUGAUAUUUUUAAUAAUUUCUAGCUUGUUUCCCCUCUUGGUUUGCUAUACAUACUGUUACCCUUGCGAACAGAUCGACAAUCUCAAUGAGCUAUGCAGUAAUAUUGCAUUACAUUUCUUUGGUAGUUCAUAUAUUUAUUUCUAAUUAUUAUUUUCAUCAAUAUCAUAAUCACCAUCGUGAUCGUUAACAUUAUAAGUAUUGACGUGAUUUCACUGUCACGCUCAGCGGUUUUGGAGCUCUGGCCCCGGUUGUUCAAAGCUGGGUUAAGGUAACCCGGGGUUAGUGUGAAAUUUGAUUUCAGGUCUGAAAACUUUAAGAGAAAAUUCAGUUCAAAUCUUUUUGCUUGCAAUUUGAUCGUUGGAUAUUCUAAAAAAAAUAGUGAAAAUUUUCCCAAAAAGACUUUUGAACAAAGAAGUAAAGAAAGCUGGAUUAAAAAUUUAACCUUGGGUUAGAGCUAAUCGGCCUUUGAACAACUGGGCCCUGGUGAUAACUGGUUUUUUUCUUUUUGUUAUGUUUUCGUUUCACCCAUUCUGAUCUGGUGCCACUACAGAUACUGCAGAGGGUGUAGCACAGGAGUUGGUUUCAGCAGGUUUAAUAAGUGGGCAAGAUUUAGUUGUUGGUAAGAAAGUUUAAUUGAAUUCGUAAUUCAAUUUAAUCCAAUCCUAUAAUUUUUCAUUAGUUAUUGUUUAUGUUGUUGUUAGUGCAGCAACUCCAGCUUUUGUUUACGUCCUUGUUGAUGCUUUUCAGAUUGGGCGCUCCAUCUGAGAAAAGAAUGGGGGAGGGGGCAUAGGGGGGCAUAGUUGCAGUGGAACAGUUGUUUAUGACAAUCGAAGACGUAAAAUUUGUUGAUAUAUUCCCGCACUCCAGUGUCUCAUAGGGGUCUUUUUUAACAGUCCAGAUUUCUUAGUUAAAUUGUUAUGUUCCUACGGGUUCGAAGUUUAAGUGCAUUUUUACCCUAUUAACUGUUUGUUGCUGAUUUUUCCCCUUAGCUGUGCAGGCAGUGAAUUUUAUUUAUUAUCAAUAUGCAUGUUAAUGUUUCAUUUUCAGUUGCUGCCAAUCUAAGAAAAGUAAUCGAUGAUCCCCCAAGCAGCAAGUCUAUGACUUUUCCACUUGUGAGUAUAUUUGCUUGUUUUAAGUUACAAACAUUUCUUCAACCCUUUGCGCUCUUACAUCAGUAAACGCAUUCUCCAUUGUGUUUUCUAUACAUUUGUUAUAGAAUUAAAUAUGAGAGUUUCCAGAACUUCUUAUGUUGGUGAUCAUUUCGUUUAUUCUCAUGACCUUAAUGUGUGAUUUUAGCGAUGAUGUUGUAAUGAGAAAUUAGACGCUAGUAAAAAAGGAAAAAAAAACGGAGCUUCGAUGAAACAACACCUGUAACGGAUAAGCAAACAAUGAGAUAAAAAAGCGCUCAAAAAGGUCGAUGUGCAUACAUAGCUACCACAACCACAAUAUGGAAAUUUAGUGUUAACAACUGGGUUGAAAACGUAAAAUUGGCCACCGUAAAGGGUAAAAAAGCUAACGUUUCGAGCGGUGGCCCUUCGUCGUUAGCCCUUCAUCAAUCGCUCUGAUGAAGGCUAACGCUCGAAACGUUAGCUUUUUUACCCUUUACAGUGGCCAAUUUACGUCUUCAACUCAGUUUUUAACACUAAAUUACCUGCUAUACUCUCCCACCGACGCAGCACCACAGUUUCUUUAGAAACUUACCCCCUUUACACAAUAAGGAAACCUUUUUAGGGUAGAUGUGUGUAGUGUUUCAUUUAAUUUAUUUGUUUUGUUUUACUACUUUUUUCCCAAUAAUUGCAGAAAUCAAGUAGUCAUGAAGCUCCCGAUGAUAGGACGUUGAUUGGAUUCGCGCAGCUCACGAUAAACUCUUAGCGACGGUGGAACAGCACUAGUAAUUCAAAAAGAAAAGAAAUAUUAAAGUAAUCUAGUUUUGUGGCCCUCUCCAUAUUCCAUUUUUUAGCUAUAUUGUUCUCGACAGGAUGUAAGAGAAAUCAUUGGACGAAUUAAGUCGAGAAGAGUUAAUGCAAUCGUAAGAGGAAAUUAACCAAUGGAAAAGCUGCAGCGAGCAGUUAAUCCUUUAAUUCCUAGAAUAGAUUAACAUUUAGCUUCUGCUUUCAAUAUCUAUAAAUUCAGCAGCAAACAGGUUGUGAAAAUACUCAAAUCCAUCAAGCAGAAAUUGUCAUCUUGAUCCAACACCAAAUUCUCGUCGCUAAUUUGCACGUUAAUGUGUCGCAGCUGGAGGGGAGAAUUAACAUUCAGACCCUGGGGUCAAAUGGUGCAGAGCCGGCCCAUAAAAUUGUUCUCCUAGAAUGAGAAAGAAACUAAAUUUUUCGCUUGGUCGUCAAUUAAAGAAAGAGGGACAACGGAACAGUUAUGAACUUCCACGAGGAAGAAAAAAACCAGUUUCACCAUCUUUCUCCUUUUCCUACUGAAUGUACCUGCACAUAGAUCUGAUCCUAGUGGUGUGCAAGACGUUUGUUGCGUGUGGAUCUGGUAAUAACCUCUUAUUAAACGAUGUCCUAUGUGGCUCAGUGGUAGAGUAAAAUCUGAAGGUUUUGUGGUUCGAUUCCUCAUAGGAACUAAUCAAUUUUUCUUUCUGAGACGCUAGCUACAAAACGGAAAACAUUUUUCUUUUUGUCCCCUUUAGUUACAUAAAGGGGCUGUUGCGUAAUAUUUAGCAACAGCACUUACAAAUGUUGGGGUUCUAUAAAAGGUCCUUUACGGACUUUGCAAGUUAGAUUGAAAUUUUCAUUGUCUUUUUGUUUUGUUUGUUUGGAUAUCCAAAGGGCAAAUUUCCUCUUGAUCGCUACAACAAAAGAGAGCAUGAUAUUCACUCGGCAGGAAUAUUAUGUGUGGGAAAUGCGUUUAAUGCCUCGAGGACAGUUAAUUGCUUCAUUACCCCUUGGUUCUGUAUGUCUUGUUUCUCUGCGAGUUUGAGCUCUAUUUUGGUAUUUCUUUGUGAACAACUCCAUACCAGCAGAUCCACACACGAGAACUCGGUCCUUUGGAGGGAAAUAUCAUUCUCGUCUAGCUUUGGCUCCUGAUUGGCAUAAAAGGAAAAUAUCUUGGUUCUGAUUGGUGGAGGCACAGUAAUACACAUUUCAUAUUGUCCCUCAUUUGAAAAUCUUUCUUCCUGAACUAUUUGUACUCUUGUCUUCCUUUGGCUCCUAGUAUGCUCGAAAGGAAAUAUCUUGGUUCUGACUGGUCAAGGCACAGUAAUACACAUUUCAUACUGUUCCUCGUCGAGAAAUCUCUUCUCGUUAACUUCAAGUGUGUGUGAAUUUGUGCUAGUCAUGUAUGCAUAGAUUGGGACACGUUCAAUGCAUUCAUAUACAACGUGCUAACUUGUCUGAAGUAUAUACCUCACUACUGCUAGAUAAACUGAGCUAGAAAGUAUUUUAUUAAACAAAUAUGAGUUCA